UUAUUAGCCACAGUACAAGUGUACACUCCUCCAGUAGUCACAGUCAGAGUGUGGGUGUACUGUGCAGUCACUGGGUCAUUCAACACAGUCUGGGUUCCUUGGGUGACAGUGGUGGAGUCUCUGGUCCAAGUGACAGUGGUAGCAGGUCCACCAGUGGAGAUACAGGUGAGGGUCAGCUGGCUAGGGUCAAAUGUCACUCCUCCAGAUAUUGAAACAUCUCCUGAACAAAAGUGC